ACGCUUUUGAUCUGUUUUGCCUCCUGCGGCUUGCCGUCCGGUGGAUACAAUGUGGCAGAGCUGAUUCCAGGUCUUUCCGGUACAAUGUUGCAGUUGUUGUUCCUCGCCCUGUGCGGGGCUGUCACCUGUGCGGACCCCAUUCAUGUGUUUGUGAUCCCCCACAGCCACAUGGACGUCGGCUGGGUGUACACAGUGCAGGAGAGCAUGCAUGCCUAUGCCGCCAACGUCUACACAACAGUCGUGGAUGAGCUGAUGAAGGCCGAGCAUCGCAGGUUUAUUGUGGUCGAGCAGGAAUUUUUCCGCUUAUGGUGGGAUACAGUGGCAGGAGAACUGAAGAAGCAGCAGGUGCAUCAGUUGAUACAGGAGGGGCGAUUGGAGUUCAUUAUUGGUGGACAAGUGAUGCACGAUGAAGCUGUUACUGCUGUAGAUGAUCAGAUCUUACAACUUACAGAGGGACAUGGCUUUUUGUAUGAAACAUUUGGGGUAAGACCCCAGUUUUCUUGGCACGUGGAUCCCUUUGGAGCAUCUGCCACUUCACCUACCAUAUUUGCCUUGUCUGGAUUCAAUGCCCACCUUAUUUCCCGGAUUGAUUACGACAGUAAGGCUGCCAUGCAGGAUUCCAAGACGCUGCAAUUUGUUUGGAGAGGAUCUCGCUCCUUAUCUGAGAAGCAGGAGAUAUUUACCCAUGUCAUGGACCAGUUCAGUUACUGUACCCCGUCUUACCUGCCAUUUUCCAACAGGUCAGGUUUUUACUGGAAUGGAAUUGCUCUGUUUCCUGAUCCGCCAAAGGAUGGUAUUUAUCCCAACAUGAGUCUCCCAGUUACAGGAGACAGCAUUCACCAGUAUGCUGAAACCAUGGUGAAGAAUAUAAAGACACGUGCUGCCUGGUUUAGAACCAAUGAUUUAUUGUGGCCCUGGGGAUGUGACAAGCAGUUCUUCAAUUCUUCUGUCCAGUUUAAUAACAUGGAUUUUUUACUGCAAUAUAUCAACAGUAAACCAGAGUUUGGAGUGACUGUGCAGUAUUCUACACUUGGAGAAUACUUCAAGAAUAUAUAUAAUAGGAAUAUGAUCUGGGAGGUUCGAGGUAGUCAGGAUUUCCUUCCUUACUCUUCAGAUGUAUUUCAAGCUUGGACAGGAUUCUUUGCAUCCCGAAAUGUCCUGAAAGGAAUAGCACGCAGGGCCAGCUCGCUGCUGUAUGCGGGGGAGUCUGCAUUUACUCUGUAUCUGCUGAAGCAUCCUUCUGGAGCAGUCUGCAAAAUGUGGGCACUAGAACAACUACAGACCCUCAGAUGGGCUGUCUCAGAGGUCCAGCAUCAUGACGGUAUCACGGGUACAGAGUCUCCUAAGGUCAGAGAUAUGUAUAUGGCACACCUACAUCAAGGAAUGACUGGUGUACGAAAAUUGAUGGAAGCCAUCAUUUUUGACCAAUUCAGCCAUGAGAAUCCAGAAGGUGACAUAUAUAUUACUGUCUAUAACCCACUGGCCUGGAACUGGACCACAUAUAUUCGAGUGGCACUAAAUACCUCAGUCACAGCUGUGUAUGAUGAGUUUGGUCAGCUGGUGCCAGCACAGGUACAUAACUCCAGUGAUCCCGGACAUGCCUUUGACUUGUAUGUGCUUGUUGUCCUGCCGGGUCUUGGCUAUAGGAAGUAUUCGAUAAAGACUGAGAAUGCUGAGCCCGGCAAGGAGAAGAUUGAUGUGGGAAAACAGGUGAAGUUUUCUAGACAGUCAUCCGAUGCAAAAAAAACAAAAAACAAGAAGAUCCCUCUGUCCAAUGGCUGCUACACACUGUGGAUAGACCUGGACACUAACAUGCUUGUCAGCAUAACUGAUAGGGAGAGAAAUGACACAAUCCUUACCACUCAAGAAUUUUUGGAAUACCAUGCAAAUGGCGAUACAGGUGCUGGGCCAAUAUCUGACAACUAUAUGUUUUUUCCAAAUGGGUCUGCUAUUCCUGUAGCAAAGUCUGUAGGGCUGGAGAUUGUGACGGGGAAACUAGUGACAGAAGUCCGACAGUACUUUUACAGAGACGUCAACCAGCAGAGUUACGUCUAUGCAAUAUUCUCCAGACUCUACAAUGUCCCUGAUGGCUAUGAUAAGACACUGGCAUGCCGAUCCAUAGAGCAGCAGUACAGAGUUGGCCCUCUGGAACGCAACCGCGAAGCCAUAAUCAGAAUACGAACCAAUCUUCAGACCAAUAAUAGGAUUUACACUGAUGACAAUGCAUACCAAAUGCAAACAAGAGAAUUCAACACAUAUGAUAGUAAUACAAUUGCAAGGAACUAUUACCCAAUGGUUCGUACAGCGUUUAUUGAAGAUGAGAAGACAAGACUCGUCCUCCUAGCUGAAAGGUCACAUGGAGUCUCAAGUCAAGAUAAUGGUCAAGUGGAGAUAAUGUUGCAUAGAAGAUUGUGGAACAACAUGGAAUGGGACCUGAACUACAACCUUACACUGGAUGAUACAUCAGUAGUCAGGCCCACCAUCUGGCUUAUGGUAGGAUCCAAAGAGGUGACUGGUUCUUUGUACCAGAGAUUGGGGCUGUGUUUGGAGCACAAACCGUUGGUGACGUUAAGUCCCAGAACAGGGCUUGGGAAAGCUGAGAAUCAAAUGGUGGAUGAUGUUUCCGUUACUUUACCACCUAAUAUUCACCUUCAGAUCCUAAGUAUUCCUGGAUGGAAAUAUUCUUCGAACCACACAGAGCAUAUGCGUAAUAUACAUAAAGACAAAGCACAGGUUGAUGCAGAUUUUAGCCGCGUACUGUUAAGACUACAGCACUUGUAUGAAGCUGAUGAGGACCCCAUCCUCUCCAAGCCAGCUACUAUAAAUAUCAAGCUUCUUCUUAAAGGACUGGGAACUGUGAGGUUAGUGGAAGAACGCUCUCUUACUGGAACCUGGGAUGUGGCCAAACUGGAGAGAUGGAAGUGGAAGUCCACACAAAGGAAAGACCAUAAUGAGAGAAUACCUAUAAAGAACAUGAAGGACUUUACUGUUACUGUUGCACCAAAGGAAAUAAGAACACUAUUUGUAUAUUUUCAGUAACCAGUAGUUCCUGUACUAGGCAGAAAAUGUUGAAUUAUAUGUUUUAUUUUUGUAACCACAAAACAGAGAAGGUGAAUCGGUAUCUGGCAGUCUUCACUGAUCGGCAGAAGCGGCCAUUGGUGUCUUAGUAGAAAUGAAGCUUUUCUGUGGCCUCGAUUAUUUGUGCUUAUUUUUAAUAAUAUGUUAAUAAUAUGUUGCACAAACUCUGACUUUAAGACUAUCAAACUUUUGGAACUGUUUGCACUUUAACCUCUUAUGCCAAAACUUGAGUGACCAAUAAGAUGUAUUCUAUUGUGGAAAAAAAUGCAGUUAAAUGUAUAUUAUGUCAAUUAGUUGUUAAUACAAAUACUUUUUUUUUUUUUUUUUUUACAAUAAAAU